CCUAUUACUUGGGACUCGUUCAACGCUCUUCAUCCAUUCGCUCCGGUAUCCCAAGCAGCUGGUUUCCAGAAAAUGUUCAAGGAUUUGGAGAAGUGGUUGUGCGAAGUCACUGGAUAUGAUAAAAUCAGCCUGCAACCGAAUUCCGGUGCUGCUGGAGAGUACACUGGGCUAUUGACUAUUCGCAAGUAUCUUGACAGUCUGGAUCAACAUCAGAGAAAUGUAACUCAUAUGGCCAACAUGAAAGUCGUCGUAGUGAGCUCAGACAAGCACGGUAACAUCAACUACAAGGACCUAGCAGCUAAGGUAUGA